AUGUUCUUGGGCUUUUGUAUUCCGUACUUCGUACCUACUCUUUGUUUAUUUGGCUCGAUACAGGACAGAGGCUCAGGCUACAUCGCUGAACUUAGUAAGCAGAUUGUGCGAACCGACGCUGGGUACUUCAUACAAGAAAGGGAGGUCGACGUGUGCCAAGCCGAGAGCUUUCAUCAUCAUCAUACCGAACGUCAAGUCAAUCCCGAAAACAAAAUGAUGCUUUCCGCGAAUCCGUUCUUUCCUCCGCAGACAUUCUAUACACCCUUGCGGCCGUCGCCACUGGCUGAACGCCCCGCGAAUGUACUUUCCCGACCUUUCACAUUUACGAUGCCUGCGCAACCAGACAAGACAUCAGCAUCUGUACCAAAGAGAACGCACAAGCCAAAUCCAGUCAUCCAAUCCCGCGAUGUCGCCUCGCAAAGGCGACGCGAUAUGUUCUUUAAAAGAGUCCAAAAGGACCGCGAAGACCGAAGGUGGGAGGCGCGAGGUGAUCAGAUUCAAAGACUAGACUUCAUCUCGGACCAAAAGAAAUGGGAGGCUGCGAAGGCGCGGCAAGCCCCCGAAGUGCCCGAAGAAUACCUCGAUCAGGAGUUUGAAGAGUUUGUCGCAUCGCAGUCCGAUGAGCAAUACAUGGAGCGCGACGUCUCUGAAGCUGAGUGGAUCGCUGCACAAGAAGAGCACGAACUACAACAGAUGAUCGCGUCGAUGGAGGAAGCAGACGGUGACGAUAAUGACCGAAUGUCACAACAUUACGGAAGUGACGAUGAAGAUUAUGAUCAAAUCUUCAUGGAAUGUGCGAACCUCACAGAUUGUACACAGCAAGAGCAACCGUCAAGUUCGAAUUUUGACGAUCCGGAUGCGAUGGACAUGAGUUGA